UAUGGGGACGCCUUCUAAUGGCUUCUCGUCUCUUGACUUAACAAGGCUGUAGAUAUAGAAUAAUGUGUCGUAUAAUGUUGGUCAGAGCCCAGUCUCAUCUGCUGCGUUUUCAAAGAAUCUAAUUACGUAAGAAAAUAAUCACCAUGAGUUUAAAUGCAUUUAUUCUGCUCCUGCUGCUGUUGGAUUCGUUCCAGGGAGGGACAUCUCAGUUGCUUGACUGGAACGAAGAGCUGGAAGGUAGUGGUGGGACAGAAUGGAUUCCUCUACCGGAUUUCGUAGACGACACAUACUGGUCUGGAUCACCACCCCUUUGUUUAGGAGGUUGUAAGGCACGGCACCAGGAGUUAAGGAGAGAUCGGUGUGGUGACUCAAACUGCUGCUGGCUCGGCUACAAGUCCCUGUGCAAGGUGAACUGUGGGAGGCCAGAUGUGGACUAUAAUGGAGUAGUGUACGGUAAUGACUGGUGGGUGGGCUCUGUGGUGAGGUACAGCUGUCGCCCUGGUUUCAUGCUAGUGGGAAACUCUACCAGGUCAUGCCAGCACAACGGCCUCUGGACCCCGAAGCCUACCUGCCUCCGAAUGUGCCAGCGGGGAACCAUUGAAAUCAGUGAGAGGGAACUAAAUGGUACAUGCAACUCCACCUGCACAUACAAGAGCUACUCUGGUCCCCCCAAACAAGGCUGCACUCGCAUAGACAACUGUAAGAAGAAGGAGACUGGCUGGAAGAGGUUCUUUUCUCAGUGUGUCUCCUGCAUUUGUGACUGCGCUUUAUCGUGUGCAUCUGCUGGCUAAAACACAGAAAAAAGCUGACAGUGUAAAGAAGAGACACGGACCGGCUGUAGACCACAAAGUUCCUCUUUGUGUUUCUGCUGUGCGGACCAAAUCGGGAUGUUUAAAGAAGCUAAUCUCUCGGACACAUUGAAGCCGACAGUUUCUCCUCAGUCAGGUACAAAUGUAAAUUUCAAUCACCCUGUGCAAUAUAUUGAGGUGGGAAGGUCAGAAAGGAAAAGUGACUGAAAUUUUAAUCAGUUAAGGAGUCUGAGUGGUACUGUCUGAUGUCUGACUUGGGUUGUGUAGUUUUGAAUUUAAAUUUAUUUUAAUUUGAAGUACAACGUGA